AUGUCUUCGUCUCGAACGCAAGCUGUUCAAUCCAAGCCUCCAAAACAAAGAUCGAUUUAUCUCAUAACCUAUAGUCAAUGCGGUAAUUCAGGUCUAAGUAGACAAGCAUUUGCCCAGAUAAUACUCGAUGCGUGGAAUGACUCCUGUCUCUCAAGAAUAAUCCAGUGGGUAGUCAGUGAAGAAAUGCAUCAGGAUGGUGGCAAGCAUUUCCAUAUGGCAUUGAAGCUGGACAAGAAAACAAGGUGGCUGGCCGUCCGGAAUUUUCUUGACAUGCGUCAUGGAAUCAAAGUGAACUUCUCAGAUAAACACGAUAAUUACUUCAGCGCGUAUAAAUAUGUAGUAAAAGAUGACGCAGAUUAUGUCCUGUCUGAUAAUCACCCUGAUCUCACAAAUGCCACUGCACCGCGAACAACCAAUGCGUCCCAAAAACGUAAGGGGACCGCUAAGAAGGCCGGAGCUGCUACUAAGAAAAAAAAGAAACGCAUGGCAGUUUACGACGUCGUCCGGAUAAUCCAAACGAAAGGAAUCAAGUCGCGGCUGGAACUAAUGGCACUGGCAAGCAAGUGGCAAGAACAGGGCAAGACGGAUUUGGCAGAAUUUGUGUCCAAUCGAGGUCCGAGAGUUGUAAACGAAGCUCUAGAGACAGCACACGAACUAACCAUUGGAGAAAAACGAUUGGAGAGAAUAAACAAAACUAGAAUACAAUUGCUUCAAGUGCAUUUGACACAACCGUGCCGAGACAAUUGCGAGGGAAUAUGGCUACGUUCGGCAGCUGAGAUAUUGGAGGGGAACGGCAUACCUGUUUCAAUAUUCGCUGGUGCUGUCUAUGAUGCCCUGCUGCGAGGAAGAGGCAAAUAUAGAAAUAUCUAUAUUUAUGGCCCUGCUAACUGUGGAAAAACCUUUUUAAUUUCGCCUUUGAAAACCAUCUAUGAGUGCUUUGUUAAUCCUGCCUCAGGGAGUUUUGCGUGGGUUGGCGUAGACCAAGCGGAGGUGGUUUUACUUAAUGAUCUGAGAUGGAAACCUACCCUUAUACCAUGGUGUGAGUUUUUGCAGGUUUUAGAGGGUGAUAUCGUGCAUUUUCCAGCCCCUAAAAAUUUUAUGAGAAAGGAUAUUGUGUUGGACAAGGACACGCCAUUUUUUGCGACUAGUGACGCCCCUCUUGCCUUAGUUAAUGGGGGAAGUGUCGAUCGAGUCAACACUGAAAUGAUGGAGGUCCGAUGGCGUAUGUUCAAAUUACAUCGCCAAAUACCAAAAGAAGAGCAAAAACAGAUGAAACCUUGUAGUUCUUGCUUUGCAAAACUUAUUUUACAAAAUGCUGAGUGUUAGCAAACAAUAAUAUAUUAACAGGAUAAGACAAUUAGCAGUGAUUAUAUACUUGUCUGUCAACAAACCAUUUACUGAACGAAGCUCACCAACGAAUCUCAGUCUAAAAUACGGUUUUGUCGCAGUUUUUAAAGAAAUAUAGUUUACAUUUGUUCAUUUUCUAACACAAUGUAUGUGUUAACAAUAUUCUAUAGUCAAAAAUGUUAAAAAAAAUUAAAAUUUUACAUAUAACUAACGAAGCUCACCCAAACAUAGUAAAUGAACUUGAUAUGUCUCUGCCCUUUCUAUGGCGCAAGCGAGAAUCGUUGGACAAAAAUCAUCUCUCACUUGUUUGUAUCGUUCUCAAUAGUUGUAAAAUGAAGCAUGCUGAUAUUAUAGGCUUGAUAUCAAUGAUCCAUAAUGACUUUGCUAAAUAAAAGUUUCUGGUAAGUCAGUUACAGCGUAUAUAAGAUGCAAUAUAAGGUCUAGAUUUAAGUGAGCUUCGUUGCCUAGUGAGCUCAGUGUCACGUGCCUAGCGAACAAACGUGCUAAUAUUUGGUUCUAUAGCCCUUUCCGGCCAUUACUGCGUCGAUGCGUCUAGGCAUACUCGUUAUUAAGUUAUUUAUAAAAUCUAAAGAAGUAUCUAGCAGUGUUUUAGAAACUCUCUCCUUGAACUCCAUCCAUGUUUCAUGAUUGAUUCCCUGCGCUCGAACCUGCAUCUGUAGAUUGCUUUUGACUAUAUGGAAAACAUUUUCAAUUGGAUUGAGGUCGGGUGAACGAGCAGGUAUACAGAAAAGCUGCGCAGCUUGAUCCUUGAUAGCUUUCAAUGCCAUGGUACUUGUUUGCGAAGGGUCGUUAUCCAUGAUAAAUAUCUUUCUGCAUUCUCGUCCAUGAAAUAGGACCGGGAAAUUUCUGUUUACAAAAUCACUGAAAUAUGCGCCAUUCAUCUUCGUAUAUUCCUCAACGAAAAACACUCCCCUGUUGUAUGCAAUUGCGACAAGUAAAUGCAAGCGCUUUCCCCCUGCCAGAUUUUUGGAUCCUUUAGCCGUAAUCUUUAAACCUUCGGCUCUUUUUCGCCACACUUUACCCUUUGGUGCUACGGCUUGCGCCAUUGGUCUUGGCUUGUACACGAAUGAAACACCGUCGAGAUAAAAGGCAAUAACCUCGUGGAAAUACGUAGGCUCAUUUUGUAGUAUUUUCUUACAUUCUCGUGCAAACUUCACUCGUUUAACGCGGUCCGAUCGACUUACUAGUCCUUUCUUGCGCGCUUGUAGAUACUGAAAACCUUCACUACGCAGCUCUCGAUAAAAUGUUCUGUACGAAAUGCCGGAUAAAUGGAGUCCACUGUAAGCGACCAAAGAUUUAAUUGAAAAGCCAGGAUUGUUUUCGCGCAAUUUAAAUAAUGAUCUCAAUACGUGCCGUCUAUCUCGAGGUGACAAUUUUUUGGGCCUUCCUCGUCUUUCCGCUGAUAAUGGUUGGUUUUUGCUUUUACUUAAAAUACGACGAACAGUUGAUUUCGAAACACCCGCCUUUUCCGCAAUUUUUCGUAACGAAUACUUUCCCUUCGCGCCAAGAUAAACCACAUGUCCACGCAUCUGAUCCGUAAUGUUGGUAUGGUAGACCAUUUUUAUUGAAAUAAUCAAUUGGUAUUCACUCACUGUAGCCGCAAGCGCGCGAGGAUGCAAUUUAUAGCCGCAUUGCGCUUACGCCAUGCAAUAAGUCUUUAUCACAUAUAAUCAGUCACGUCAUCAAGGUUGGCCUUAAUGUAAUUGUUCUUAAGUACCUGUGUGGCUUGUGUAAUUCUUAGUCACUGUGAAGUAAACGUAACUCGAGCAAUACUUCUCUGCAAUGAUGUUCCUGUUUUUAUUAUUAGAAAAGCGCAAACUUAUGCAAACUACGUAACCUCGAAAAACAACCAUUCUAAAUAUAGUAAUGACGCCGUACAAUAUAGUAAUGAUGUACAUAUUACAAAACGGUUAUACGCAUUGAUUACAUCACGCCAAACGCCCAAACUACGGGCACUUGACUCUGUAAUCGUAAAGUUAACUUCUGUUUUAUAGAAGUGUAACUCACCGAGCAUGAUAUAGACAAUCUUUGCCAAAAACUAUGGGACAAAUAGUGAAAGUUCAUAUAACUUCUUCUGUCCAUUUCCCCCCGCGCCCCCCGUUCAAUGUUGAUGUCACAAAAAAUGGAUACAUCGCAAACGAGACGUCAUCUGGCAUCAACGCAACAUUGAAAAGGGUGGGGGGAGGGAGGGAUGAAUAUUCACGUGGAAAAGUUGUACAAUGUCUAUAUAACGUUUUUGAAACGACAUUGUCCCAUAGUAUAUUGUCAGGUAUUGUCACGGUAUACUUUAUAGUUAUUCCAAUCAUGUAUGUCGCGGGACUGCAGAUAGCGGCAAUGAAGUCGGUUUCUGAUCGUCAUGAGGGUUUUAAUCCCAUGCGUGACAUGGGAUUAAAAUUAAAAAUGUUCAUGAAUGUUGAUAGCUUAGAAUUUACGUCAUUUUCCAACAGAAUAGAUUGAAUAUGUUCCACCUUUGCACCUAUAUAAGCGAAAACGAUGCCGGGUUGUAAUAUUUGAAUUUUAAGACGACGUAAACAGGAAGAUGAUCACUUACUGGGAUAUGCAAAACGCCACUCUCGCGAACAAGUGUCUGGGACGAGGUGAGAAUAACAUCAAUAAGUGAAAGGGAAGUGUUGGUAAUCCUAGUUGGAGUAUUUAUUAUUUGAGUUAAAUUUAAUUCCCUUGAUAACCCAUAAUAAAGAUUGGCUUGUCCAAAAGGAGCAAUUGCAUCCAAUUAGGUUUGAAAUUAUCGUCGAAACAUGUAACAGGUGAGCUAGGUGGACGAUAUGCGUGGCAUAUAUAAUUUGAAGUUUUAUCCAAAGCUGGUCAAAAUGGUGUCCGACGUCUGAGUUAGAUCUAUCAUGACGGAGACUUUUAUUUCUUUGCUGAUAUAAGCACAGACGCCCCCACCCUGUUUGUGGAGACGAUCAAAUCUGAACAACGUGUAACCGUCAGUGUUUACUUCAGCGUUGGAGACCGUUAUCUUUAACCAUGUUUCAGAAAUCGCGAGCACAUGGUUACUGUUUGUGCUAGUCAGAUUUCUAAGUUGAAUUAAGUGUGUUAUGUUUCUCAAUGAACAAAUCUUUGAGUGGAAUGCUUUCAAUCCAGAAUUUGUUUCUUUCUUUUCAUAUGUAUACGUGUAGCGGAGGGUUUAUCAAUUGGAAUUUGAGUCCUUGCAUUAUUCCUUUGUGGGGAAAAAUUUUUCAUGUUAAGGUUGCAACGGUGUGUAAUACGUGUGGAAAUGAUGUAUGUGGGUGGGCAUGUUACAUCAUCCUUUGCGCUGGAAAGUGUGUAAAGCCUGCCGCACACGAGAGCAACUUGCUGAGCUAACCGCCUCGCGUGGCAGCUAGCUCGGCUAUGUAUUUUCUCCGCACACGUUGGGAAAACUACUCAACGACAAUAUAAUUGACAAAAUCAUUUGCAUUUUGUUCCUAGUCACAUGAAGAAACUAUGGUUUGUCAUUGGCUAAUUGAUUCAAACAGCUCAGCACUUACCUCACAAUAUCCGCAGACGCUGAGAUUUUUUCCUCGCGAGGUGAAAAAUAUCAAACACGAUAGAUAUUUUCCUCAAGGCCUCCAGAGGUCAAAUCCUCCUAGCUGCCACGCGAGGCGGUUAGCUCAGCCAGUUGCUCUCGUGUGCUGGGGGCUUAACGUACAUGAUUCCAGGAAUCAUGAUCUUCAUAAUUCAAUGUACAGGAAAAGGCCAUGCUGGUAGGGACAUGAGUGGUGGUGGGCAAAGGUGUAUUAUAGUUGUUUGACUGGCGUCUUUGAACAGGUGUUGAACAGGACGUUUUCGGUGCCACCGCACCGGGCAAUGCCUUUGACAAUGUCGCCGAAAAACGGUUUCCAGCGUUGUGAUUUUGGAAUUGAGACCAAAGGUAUAAUCACCAAUCCAUUCAGGUAUUGACCUAGUGUUCUGAGUAGGCGUCUGUAUUUGCUUCUGAGAUGCAGGUUUUAACGCUGUUUUAUUUAUUGUCUUAAUAAGCUUAUAUAAUAAGCUAAUUAUAUAAGCUAAAUACUCAUUCAAUAAGCUAUGAAGCAUCUUUUUUUCAAUUCUACUUAGCGAUGUUACAGUAUUUACUUGCCGUUAAUUAAUGGAAAUAGAAAAUUUUUGCCUGGUAAUAUAUUUUGAAAUGUUCAGACAGACAGUUUCGAAACAAACCAGAUCUUGUUUCCGAAAAAGAAGUAAAUAACCAGACUAGAGUUUAUUGUUUCAACAAUUUUCUUCUUUUAGCACCUUUGAGUGGUGCGAAUAUAACUGCUGUUACAACAUUAAGCUCCACGUCGUUGCAAGUCACCUGGAAAGCUGUUCCAAGUACAAACGGACCUAUAACAGGAUACACUGUGUGUUACUCGUUAAGCUCGUCCGUUGUUUGUUCAAAUAACAAUCAGAAAACCGUGGGUAAAGACAUAUUAAGUACGAGUAUAACGGGACUGAAUGUAUUUACAAAGUAUUACGUAGCAGUCAAAGCUUCUACAGCAGAAGGUGCUGGAUCUCUAGGAGGCGAAAUGGAAGGGACCACGAAGGGAAAAGAAGCGAACGUAACCGUCACGCUAUAA